AUGAGGGGCUGGGCUGCCGCACCACGACUGCGCGCGCGCGAGCGCGCGCACACGAGCGCAGGCAAGCGCGCUUGUGGGACUGGACUUUUCAGACAAAGGAGGUACAUGUGUCCGGACUCCGGCGGUCCGCUGCCGCACCGCCUGGCGGACUACCGGAAUGGAACGCUUCGUUUAAGGGACCGCCGGAGUACCACGUGGGUAGACGCCCUCUUUAAGGGCUUACCACUUCGAAUACUAUACGACAAGAAGCUUGAAGCCCAUCGAAGUGGCCGUCAUCAACAAGAGAACAACCGGGACGAACAAGACAGAUUGCUCUCUGUACUUGAGAUGAUUGAAGAGGAGGAACGCAACCGACGAACUUCGCAUCGAACAGAUCGCAAAGAAAAACGCUGCACCUCCAGCACAGCGGUCAGGACCUCUCCAGAUCCAAAGCACGGCCCAAGCAAGAAAGUGCGACUUUCGGCGCUCGCUCUUAAUCCUAGCAGGAAAGAUGGACAACGGCGCGCUCGGUGGGCGCCCGUUAAAGCCGCGGGCCAUGCGUCGACGAAAAAAAUCGGUGCACACGUGGCAGCCCGUUUGACCACGGCCCGGUUGGUUGCUUGAGCGCGGCUCGGUGUCACGAAGACCGAUUGAGGCGGCGGAACGGCCGACAGGCAGGGCUGGCCACAGUCUACAGAGAGCACGUGGCGCCAAUUGGGGGGCCGAAGUGAGCGGAGGCCAGGGCGGCGAGACUAUUUAUUUCCUCGGGGUCACGGUGGCGCUGGGUGGGGGCAAGGUGUAGGUUUGGAACAGCGGUGACCAAUUUCAAGGAUGUCCGCUCUUGAGCGGUUUGGAAAGAGUGUUCCGCUGAGUACGGGCCGGAAGUUUUAGGGCCGCUCGGCACGGUUUGCUAAGAGGACACGUAAGAGCGGGUGCCGGCAUCGCCAUAAACUUCCACUUCGGCGAUGCCAUACGGUAAUUUAAGUACCUAGGAGAACGUAGAGAAGAAUAUGAAAGAUUGACGGUACAGACAUCCGCACAGUUGCACGAUUUUUCCAAGGUUACAGUAUGCCCAGCUUUCCGAUGAGUCUCUACAUUUCCAUCAAUAAAGUCGUGGCCGGUUCCGCAGGCUAA